AUGAAUAGUACAACAAAUUGUUUGUUGUCAUCGGAAAAUGUUUUAUUUGAUUUUACUAAUUCAUCUGCAUCGGUUGAUGAUUGGAUUGAAAUAUCGGAUACAGAACGAGAUGUUGGAAAAUCAAAAGGAGUACUUGUUGAACAAAAAACUCAACAAUUUCAACGUGCUAUUUUCUUUUCACUACUGAAUCCACAACCGAAUGGUGCUGCAUUUGUUGGUGUUUCUUAUCGUAAGAAAUCAUUUGAUUUAAGUUUAUUUACUGGUCUUAAAUUAUCUGUACGAGCACAAGGUGAAAAUUUUGUUUAUAAAGUAAUCUUAAGACAUCAUAAUGAACAAUCAUCAUUACAACCAUCAUAUGAAAUCUUUUUUGAAUUACCGAAAAAUGAAAUGAUUGAAAAAUAUUUAUCAUUUACAGAUUUUAAACCAUAUAGUCGUGGUAAAGCAUUAGAUCCAGAUACAACACUACCAUUAGAUUUAACAGAUAUAAGUAGUAUUGGUUUACAAAUCUUUGGUGGGGUAUAUUCACCUAUCAAACAACAUGGUACAUCUAGUUUAGAAAUUGAUUCGAUUAGUGCUGUUAAAUGUGAAUGA